AUGAAAUGCGAGCCCGGGUAGCCGAGGACUCCAGAGCGGACGGCCACCCCGCGCCAGAGCGCUCGGGCGCAGGACAAAGAGACCUCGGUCUCCCACGCAGCCCCCCGGCCACGGGCGCCCCGGCUCCGCGGAACUCCGCACCCGCCACCUGGGCAAUGGCCAGGGCUCCGCUCGACCCCUCUUUCCCGAGCGCUGCUCUCAGCAUAUGACAACCCUCCAUCCUUUCCUUCCCCUCCUGGUCCCAGCUGACCCUUCGCUCCCAGCCUCCGGCCACCGGCUUGGAUGGACGCGUCGAGGCUGCCCGGGCGUCCAGGGGUCUUGCUUUCGAAGUUGGUCCUGCUCUUUGUCUGCGCAGAUUGCCUUGCUCAAUGUGGCAAUGAAUGCAGAUCUUACUGCUGUGAUGGAACCACGCCCUACUGUUGCUCCUACUAUGCUUACAUUGGGAAUAUCCUCUCGGGCACUGCCAUCGCUGGCAUCGUGUUUGGAAUCGUAUUCAUCAUGGGGGUCAUUGCUGGAAUUGCCAUCUGCAUCUGCAUGUGUGUAAAGAACAGUCGGGGCACCCGGGUGGGUGUCAUCAGAACCACCCACAUCAACGCCAUCUCCUCCUACCCUGCAGCACCACCCCCCUAUAGUUACGACCACGAGAUGGAAUACUGCGCAGACUUGCCGCCUCCGUACUCCCCGACCCCACAGCCUUCAGCACAGCGCUCUCCACCCCCUCCUUAUCCUGGAAAUUCAAGGAAAUAA